CCACCAUGCUUUUAAUUCGGCGCAUUAAUCGGACAAUUUGUCAAAACAGCAAGGAAGCUCUGCAAGCGCAGGUCACAAAAUUUUGGAUGUUAACUCAUGGACCGGCGUAGAUUUCCUUAUUCACUUAUUUUUCCACUUGUUGCAUUCGACCACUCUGGCGGACCAGCAUCCUCGCUAAUACAUAUUUUGCCAUCGCCCUAUUAUUGGCAUAGGUGCUCAUUUAUAAUCUUUGCCACAGCUUUGAGCGGCCCAUCUUUGGGGAUUGUUUGCCAUAUCUUCCUACUACAUUUAACAACAUAAAAGCGGCACCAUUUUUCCUUUCUCCUUCUGUCUCCUCACGGUCCGAUCAUGCCUAUUAACGCUGCCCCCUCUUUUAGACG